AUGACUGAGCUCUCACCCAUCCCAGCAGACCAUCCCAGGCCAGGACUACCAUCCGCAGUUCUGGCCCGGCCUCCCUUAUCGCCUCAGGGACACGCUGGUCCGAAGAGCUCUGUACGGGCUCUGUACCUGGUCCAGCUGCUUUCGACAUGGGCCAUGAGGACAUCCGACUUCAGCCUGAUCCUUUUCCUCACGGAUGCUAUUCCAGGAACCCUGCUCUACAUCUCUAUUUACGGCCUCACCAAGGCGCUCGUCGCCGUGCUGCUCUCUUCGUGGGUCGCUCAAAGCACACGGCGGCUCAGUCGGCUGCACGCCCUCCAGCUAGCCAUUGCAUGUCAGAGGAUUUCCGUGGCCGCGUCAUGUUUUCUCUUUAGCUUAUUCCCUUUAUUCGAUGCGCACUCGCGCCUCCGAGACAGCUUCUUUGCUCUCUUGACAUGUUUUGGAUGUCUGGAGAAGCUGGCUUCCAUCACGAGCGUCGUCAUCAUUGAACGCGACUGGGUCAUCGUGAUUGCGGAGGCUGGAUCGGUUCCCAGGCAUGGCCUGAAUGCCCAACUACGGAGGAUUGAGCUUUUUAGCAAACUUCUCUCGCCACUUAUCAUCUCCUUCUUCAACUCGUGGUCUCCGCAGAUUGCGAUAUGGGCUGUCUUGUUUUCCAAUCUUGGCUCUAUGCUCGUCGAGUUUCGCGUCACGAGUCAGAUGUGGUCCUCAGUACCCGGAUUGGCUCGCUCGCCAAGCUCAACUGUCGAUGAUGGGAUCGCGAUUGAAGACAAUCUUCACGUGUCUUCAACCUUCGGGUCGACCCAUGACACUGGUCAGGGCCGCUGGCUUUCCAAUGCCAUUCAGCCCUGGCGGGAGUACACCAGGUCGCCUGCUUUCUUCGCAUCCUUCUCCAACGCAGUUCUCUACUGGACUGUCCUCUUUUUUGGUGGUCAAACCAUAACAUAUCUCUUGACGACAGGCUUCACGCCCUUUGAAGUCGCUUCUCUUCGCGUCGCAUCAACUAUCGCAGAAACACUGGGGACCGUCAUAUCGCCGCCUAUCAUGGCGAAACUGGGACCGGGCCCAGCCGGCGUAUGCUUUAUGGCGUGGCAGCUUAUUUGCAUAGGCGUUUUCGCUGGUAGAAUCCUAGCUGCUGAUAUGGUCACCAAGGGAUCUGGCAUUCUGUUGGCCAUCGGUAUCACUCUCAAGAGAAUUGGCCUCUGUGGAUCGGACCUUUCAAUACAAUUCAUUGUUCAGGAGAUAGUACCUGCUUCACUCCGGGCACAAUUCUCCUCAACCGAAAUGGCAUGCCAGAACCUUUUCGAACUGUUCUCCUACUGCACGACCACGAUAUAUUUCCGAGCCGAGGACUUUAAAUACCCUGUUUUCAUCAGCUAUGGAGGCAUCAUAGCAUCUACCAUUUUCUAUUCCACAUAUGUAUGGCGGACUCGCCGAUAUUAUUCCUAUUUGACGAUCGCUCAAGACUCGUCCUGA